AGCGGCGGCUGAUAUAUUAUUUGUACCAAGUAAAACAGAAAGUUUUGGAUUAACAGCAGCCGAAGGAUUAUUGUUUGGAUGUCCAAUAGUUAGUACCGGCGUAGGAGGAUUAAAAGAAUUUUUAGUUAAUAAGACAAGUUCAAGUAUGAAAGAUGGUUAUAAUUCUUAUUUAUUUAAUUUAUUAGAUGAAACAAACAUUAAACUUUCAAUUAAUGAAAUGAAAGCGGCAUUAAAUAAUUCUAUAAAUGAUUUAAAGAUAUUAAACAAUAAUCUUAUUGAAAAGGAAAUAUUUAUUAGAGAUUUAAUUAAGGGGGCAUUAAGAUUAGGAUGGAAUAGACCUGGCGGUCCCGUAGAAAUGUACACCAGAACAUAUAGAAUGGCUUUAUUAAAAUUAAGAAAAAAUAUUGAUCAUGUAGAAACAUUAUUAAGCGGAUAA